AAAGGCAAAAAAAUUCAAACGCUAAGCAGUUCACAGUUAUCAGCUUAUCAGCUUUAUAUUAUCAGUUAUCAGAGUAAUUUAGAUUUCACAAAGUCUAUUGUUAAGAAGUCAUUUGAACUGUGGUCAGUACAAACAGUCAUUCCCGCACUUAUUUCACCUAAAUUGGAAUUCAAAGAAGCUGAAAGUGAAUCCGAAGCAGAUAUAACAAUUUUAUGGGCUGAAGGUGAACACGGUGAUGCAUAUAAAUUUGAUGGAACUGGAAAUCAAACGAAUAUCUUGGCACACACUUUUUAUCCAACUUACCAAAACGUUGGAACCUUAAAUGGCGACAUACAUCUUGACGAUGCUGAAUCUUGGACAGGUGAUGGGAAAAGUGGAGGAACAGCAUUCUCGAUGGUGUUCGUCCAUGAAAUUGGUCAUUCAUUAGGCCUAGGCCACAGUAAACGCCAAGAUGCCAUUAUGUAUCCGAUAUAUAAAAAGAAUUCGCUGGAAAGCGUUGUAUUUGACUUGGACGAUAAAUGUGCUCUCAACUGGAAUUACAGCAAGUUUUCUCAAGAGUUUAUAAAGAUAGGCAAGAGUAUCAAAAUUAAAAAUAAAUUAGAUAGUAAAAAAGAAAUUUUUCGGUUUUUGCACUUCAACACUCUUAAUCCAGCAACUUCUGGAAAAAUUCAUAAUCAAAUAGGUGGCCAAUUUAUUUGA